UUUAGAAAAAAAACAGAAAUGGGACUUCAUUUAAUUAUUUAUUUAACAAUUAUAUCAACUUCAAUAAAUAUUUUAUUAGCAUCAAUAGUUCCUGAACAACAUAGUGGAAUACAAUCAUAUAGAGUAAAAGGACGUUUAAUGUGUGGAAAUCAGCCAGCAGCUAAUGUCCGAGUUAAAUUGGUUGAUGACGAUUUUGGCCCAGACCCAGAUGAUGAUAUGGACAGUGGAUAUACCGAUACACAGGGCAACUUUCAGUUAAGUGGAGAUACUACUGAAUUGACAACAAUUGAUCCUCAUUUAAAGAUUUAUCACGAUUGUAAUGACGGACUUAUUCCAUGCCAACGUCGCUGGAAAUUCGAAUUGCCAAAUCAUUACAUUACAAGUGGCAAACACCCUCACAAAACUUUGGAUAUUGGAACUUGGAAUUUGGAGGCGAAGAUGCCUGGAGAGAGUCAUGAUUGUAUUCAUUAAAUGAAAAAAUUAAAUUUUAAAGAUUUUUGUGCAAAAUAUAUAAAAAUAAUUUUUUUGAUAAAGAAUUUUUUUACUAAAAUUAAUAUCUUUAAUGAGAAAACUACAUAAUUAAAAGAAAGCAUAAUUUUUUAAUUUAUAAACUGAAGACUAGAAUCUAAAUUUUUUUUCUUCCUCUCAUUUACAGGAGGAAGAAAAAUUUUUUCUCUCUUCCUCUCAUUUUUAAAAUUAAUCGGGUACGCGUUUUUUGGCAUAUCCUUCUUCAAAUUUUUUUAAUUUUAUUUCAGAAAAAAAUAGUA